AUGGAUUUGAAAAUAAUGAGAGAUAUGACUCUGAAAUGCAGUCACAGAGAUACCGGCUGGUCAAAUGAAACUACAAUACUUAACAGUCUAUUGGAAAAUGUGCAUGAAGAUGAUUUAAUUGCCAUACAAAUAUCCCGAAGGGAUGUCCAUAUAACUUUUGCGUCUCAAACUGCAAAAUCUCAAGCAAAGAAAUUUGGAAUACAUAUAAAUGGACUUUACGUAGAACUUUUAGAAGAUGAAAAUGAUAACAUGAAAAUAACACUUAGAGAUAUUCCUAUACAAGUGAAUGAUGAAGUGAUAAAUGCAUAUAUAGCACAAUUUGCCAAGGUGACAGGAAAUAUCUAUCAUGGAUAUGUUAAAAAUACCAGUGGUGAAAGGACUCGAAUAAAAGAUGGAGUGCGUUUUAUUCAUGUGACUGAGAUCAUGAGACCAAUUCCUAACAAUCCAACUAUUGCUGGUUUCAUGGGUCGACUCAGCUACAGAGGACAACCAUGUGGAAUUUGUAACGAGGUCGGACAUCCGGACUAUAGAUGUGACAAGCGUAGAAAACCAGUAUGUUUUAACUGUCAGCAGCCUGGGCAUUUUGCCAAGACGUGCACCUUAGAACCAGUCUGUCACAAAUGCAAAGGUCAAGGUCACCGAGGGAAUGACUGCCCUGCACCUUUGAAUGCCUCAAAAACAAUCAUGACAGAAGAUGAGCAGAAAAAUACCAAAGCGAGUGAUAAAAGCAUUAAGUCAAGUGACAGCCCACAAAUAGAUACAAUAAUAACUGGUUGCUCUAUAGCAAAGGGUAUAUAUACUUCAAUGAAAAGAGAAGGUGUCAGUGAGAAAACCAAAAGUGGUGCUGGAAUCGAAGAUAUAGAUAUUCUAAUGAAAAGAGACAAAAUCGAUAAUCAGUGCCUAGAAAAGAUCAUAAUACAAGCAGGAACAAAAAACCUGGUAUACGAUAAUGAGAGGGUUGAGUCAUGUCUUGUGAAAUAUGAAUCUUGUGUCAAGUCAUUACACUUACGACACCCCCAGGCUUCAAUUGUCAUUAGCAGCAUAACCCCUGUACACCCAUAUGAUAAAAAGAUACAAGGAAAGAUUGAUACUAUGAAUAAGCAGUUGAAUAUGAUGUGUAGACGAGAAGAUUUCCUUGUGUUUGUAAAUAACGAUGCAAUGCUGCUAAGCAACCAAGGAAAAACAUCCAAAAGUGACUUUAAAGAAAAUGAUGUGAAAGGGGUGCACCUUAGUCCACAUGGAUAUAAUAAGGUAGCUAACCACAUCAACUCAGUGGCAACUCCAAGGAACAAGAGGAAAACUAGAGGUUCUGAUGGAUCAACGCCAGGAACAAUUGAAAAUGAACCAAAGAAGGCACUAUAUAGUAACAUUGUGGAAGAAAAUGAAUGAACACAGUCACUGAAAAUGUUUUGACUAUUUCAUGUACAUAUUUGUUUUAAUAGUUUUUUAUUUAAUGAAUGAAUGGUAAAAUACGAUUACUGAGCCUCAAUGUAAGAGGUCUAAAUGACAUGAGAAAACGUAACAAGAUACUUUUAUGGCUUAAAAAUCAGAAACCUAGUAUUGUGGCAUUACAAGAAACAUUUUGUACAAUUAAAGGACAAUCAAAAAUUGAUGAAACAUGUAGAAAUUUUGAUUUCGAUGGAUAUCAUUGUUUAACGGAUUCAUCACACUCUAGAGGGGUAUCUUUACUAUUCUCUAAGACUAUAGAUUAUGAGAUAUAUAAUAUUAUUACAGAUAAUUUAGGUAGGAAGAUUUUAAUUAAUUGUAAAAUCAAUGGAGUAGAUGUAACAGUUGUAAAUAUAUAUGCACCAAAUAAUGUUAAUGAUAGAGGUAAUUUUUUUGAAGGCUUGAAUGAUUGGAU